GCCCCACCCUCAUCCCCCUGGUUACGUCACUGCCAACCGGAGGGGAGGCCUUGCGCCAUCAGGCUGCAUCAAAACUUUAGCUCUGUGUAAAUAUCUUGAGAUGCAGCUGCCAAAAUGACAGAAAGAUACACCAGAGGGUCCCCAAGUCCAGUCCUCGAGAGCUACUCCAGGACUACUGAGUUACAAAUUGGCUCAUUUUUAGGCCUCCGCAGAGCUGAAUGACAUGAGGGCAUUUAUUGAAGCAGGGAUGGAGCUGCAGGAUAGUAGCUCUGGAGUACUGGACCUCGGCAGCCCUGCAGCAGAGAAACAACAGGCCUUCUCCAGCAUUGCAAUGGAGCUAUCAGGGAACACUACAAGCAACCACACCCUGAACUCAACAGGUGCUGAGAGCUCAUGGGAGAUCAGUGACAAGACUAAACUGUGUCGCUUCCUCUGCUAUGGCUCCGAGGAAGACAUCUACACUGCCAGAGAGCUGGGACACGUCACCAUAGACCACGCCGGAGCCCUGCUGUCCUUGCUGCAGGAGGGGAGAGGUGCAGAGGUUGUGGAGGAGAUAAAACGCUUUGCCCAAAAUGGGUGCGUCGUCAGACCGGGUCCUGCCUUUUUUGCCCUGGCCUUGUGCUCGCAGCAUUCAGAGCUGAAGACCAGGCAGGCAGCUUUCAAAGCCUUGAAGGAGAUCUGUCGGGACGCUGCCCACCUGUUUUCCUUCAUUCAGUACAAAAAGGAGCUGAAAGAAGGCAUGAAAUGUGGAAUAUGGGGGCGUGCCCUGAGGAAGGCCGUGUCUGACUGGUACAAUGAGCAAGAUGCCCUGAGUCUGGCUGUAGCUGUGACCAGAUGUAAGCAGAGAGGGGGGUGGUCUCACCAGGACCUGCUCAGACUCUCCCACACCAGACCAGCCACAGAUGCCGUUGCCUUGAUCAGCAAAUAUGUAACAAAAGGGUGGAAGGAGGUCCAGGGGGCUUAUGCAGACAAAGAGAACUCAGAGGAAGUUGUCAAAGUGCUUUCCUACCUUGAGGUGGUGGAAAAGGUCAAGCACAGCCGUGAUGAAACGGAGGUCAGCAGUUUAAUAGAGGAGCACAAGCUAGAGAGGGAGCAGCUGCUUACAGAUCAUCUGAGGUCAAAACAGGUAUGGAGCGCUCUGCUGAAGGAAAUAUCUCUGCAUUCGAUUCUAAAAAUCCUGGGAAAGAUGACGUCGAACAAACUUCUUGAACCAAGAAGCUCAGAGACACAAAUAAUAUGUGACAGACUUCAGAACGAGUCAUCUCUAAAGAAGGCAAAAAUCCACCCUUUCAGCAUCCUGUUGGCCUCAGAAAAUUAUAAACGAGGCCAAGGCUAUCAGGGGAAAACAAAAUGGGAAGCAGACAGCGACAUCCUCAAAGCCAUGGACUGUGCUUUUUACAAAAGCUUUAUGAACGUGGAGCCUAUAGGUAAGCGACUCGUCGUGGCAGUAGAUGUGAGCACAUCGCUGACCAGCGUUGUCCCGGGAACAGCAAUCAGCACUGCUGUAGCAGCCGCAGCUGUAACCAUGAUUUUUGCUCGGACAGAAGCAAACACACAUGUCCUGGCCUUCUCUGAGGGAACUGUGGUUCCAUGCUCUCUUUCUGCAGAUAUGACGCUUGCAGAAGUAACUGUAGAACUGGUUAAGCUCCCCAGUGGCAGCACAGACUGCACUCUUCCUAUCACAUGGGCCACAGGAAAUAAGAAGUACAUCGACAUGUUCAUCAUUCUGACUAAUAACCCACUGUGGACGUUUACAGCUAGCCCAGUGGAAUCUCUGAAGAAACACAGACUGGCAUCAGGCGCAGAUUCCAAGUUGGUGAUGUGUGGCUUAACUUCCAUUGGACACACCAUCGCAGACACGGAAGACAGGGGUUUACUCAGCAUCUGUGGCUUCGACCUUGGAGCUUUUAACAUCAUUCGUAACCUUGCCCUCAAUCUGAUCUGAUCUAAUGUCAUAUAGUAACUGGACCAUCUGAGUCAUAUAACGAGCGUACAAACAGACAGAACAAAGUGGACAAACAAGGCCCACACAUGGAAAGUUCAACUAAUCCCAAAGAUGCUGACAAUUCCAGAUUCUUCUUUUUUGUAUAAUGUAUGACAAAGCGUCCAGCGGGCUGGACGGGCCCCUCUGCUAAUGUUACGUGCACAUAUUUUCUGUGAAAUUCGAAAGCCAAGUGCUAAUACAGGGUAUGCUGGAUAUGAUGUGGUCAAAAGUGACUAGACAGUAGGCUUUUGAUGGCUCUCGGUUAGACAAGAACAUCUCUCAUUUUCAGCAAGAAGAUUGCAGAUUGAUAGGCGAAACUGAGUGAGUCACAAUGUUACGUUUCAUGCAACUGUAGGUUUACUUUAAGGUGGUUUCCUGGUAGCAUGUAAGAGAUAAAGUAUAGGUUAAUUGUUAAUUCUUCAAUUUUAUGAAGUGGAAUAUUAAUUAUUAACCUAUCUAUAGGAAAUGAAGAUGAGAGAAAUCAUCUAAAGUCCACAGAAUAACUUCCUGUUUGUGAAAUUGUUGGAUUUAUUUAGUUGGACCAGUUUUAUUUAAUUACCAACACUAGAUUUAUUUUAGAUGAAUUACUCUUAGCCCUAGUUAGGCUAGUUUUAUUACAUCACAAAGUAGUUCUCAUUGAUCUUGAUAUACGUUCACUUGCCACGAGCAUGAAUGCCAUAAUUUAGAGAUUUUACUGAUUUAUUUGAACCUGUUGGAAUGAUGAUACUGUAUUGUUUAGAAAUAGUUUAAAUGUACAGUAGAUUUUCUCCACACUUACACACCCCAUUAAUAAAUGUCCCUUAGCAGGCUACAGAUAAACCACUCACUUAAUUGGCUUAAUUCUAUCUGACCACUGGUUUUAUCAGAAAUGGAGCAGAUCAUUUAAAUGAGCUGGUUUUCUGCCGCAGACUAAGGUUUUAAGCAGAGUUCAAAGGUUUUCAAUCAGGUUGAGAACAGGGCUGUUCCAAAACCUUGAUGUUAGGCGGCUUUAUCCAUUCCUAAACCAGUUUGGAUGUAUGUUUGGGAUCGUUGCCCUGUUGGAAUAACCAACUGGGUUCCGCUGGGCAGGUUUCAGCUUUUGAUUUCAGAUGAAGUUGGAAAUUUUGGAUGUAGUCCUUCACCAUUACUUUAGCCACUUUGUGCAGUUCAUCAGUACCUCUGGCUGGGAAAAAGCCCCACAGAAUGAUGUCGCCACCACCAUGCCUGAUAUUGCAUGCAAUGUUUUAGGUUUAAAUGCCACAUCUUGAUUCCCCUGAACAUUUUUGUCUGCUUUUGGGUUUUUUCUCCUGGUUUUGGAGCAGAGUCUUUGUUUUUCCUUGGUGGGUGAGGGCUCGCUCACCUGUCACCUGCUUGAGCUUGGUGUUAGGCUGGUUCGGUAGCAUUAGAGCAGUUUUUCCUUACAUCUCUAAGACGGGUAGGUGGGGUCAGAUAGACGGAACCAGUCUAAUCAAUGAUCCAAACACAAAUCAGAAAGGGUUUUGAAACACUUCCAUUACACUUUCUGAAUGACCUCCCAAAGAACUCUGACCAUAUUCUUAUUGAAAGUUUCUCAACUAUGAAUAAAAACUGGGUCUGCCUCAGGAAACCAACCAAGUUAAUCUGAUUUUUGAUCAGAAGAGUGGUUGAAUAUCCAGCCAGAAUUAUGCCAGAACAUUGCUCAUGUGACUUCUCUGCAACCUGCUAAGGGCCAUUUAUCCAGAUAUUACUGAUUGUUUGUUUUCUUUGAACUAUGUUAACUUUGAUCCACUUUGGAUGAGAGAAAGUUCACAUUGAAUUCAAAUUUGAGCAGCUAGUUCUUGUUUUUUAAAAUGUUUCAAGUACAUCAUUAAAAUGCCAAAAUUGAAGACCUUUACGCCCAUGAUGAAUGGAUGUCAUGUUCUGAGCGGCUCUGUAUAUCAAUAACUCUUAGCGGCCUUUAAAUGUGAUGAUCAGUUUUAGAAUGAAGGAUUGUUGUUUUGAAUUUCCCUCUUCAACAGAAUUAUGCAAAUGUGUAGGACUUUAACUGGUUUUGAUGGAAGUUGUCACAAAUAGGACAAUGUUGUACUGUUUAAAAAUCAGUCGUAGCUGCGUAAAAACUGUUCACCAUCACUGAAACUGCUGAAGUUGCACUCCUGUAUCUUUAAUUUAAAAAUGAUUGUUUAUGCAAAAACGAUGAAUUGAAACUAUUGUAGAAUAAAUCAAAUUGAAUGUA